CAGAGCUCCCCGGUGUCUUUUGACUAUUUCUCCCGCACGUACGUACGUACGUGAAAUCGGGCAAGAUCCGUCUCUCUAUAUAACCAUGUCGGAGCACUCGUUCUCCUCACACCCAUCGCACAGUUCAGUACUGUACCUUACAAGGAACCAAAGAGGUAGGUUCAGUUUGAGUUGCUCGAUCUCCAUGGCUUCCAAGGCGAUGCUUGUCAUGGCGGUGGCGGCGACGGCGGUCGCCUUCCUCCCCUUGCCCGCCUCCGCCACCGUCCACGUCGUCGGCGACGGCAGCGGGUGGACGCUCGGGUUCGACUACACCGCCUGGUCCGAGAGCAACCAGUUCAGGGUCGGCGACGCCCUAGUGUUCAAGUACAACAAGGCCAACCAUAACGUGGUGGAGGUGAGCGGGCCGGACUUCAGGGCGUGCAACAGCGCCAAGGGCCUCGGCGCCUGGAACUCCGGCAGCGAUCAGGUCCAGCUCGCCAGCGCCGGCAGGAGGUGGUUCGUCUGCGCCGUGGGCAGCCACUGCGUUAUGGGCAUGAAGCUCAACGUCACCAUCCUCGCCGCCGACGCGCCUUCGCUUGCCCCUGCACCGGCACCGUCCUCGUCUUCUCGCAAUACAAUCCUCGCCGCCGACGCUCCUUGGCUUGCCCCUGGGCCGGCACCGUCCUCGUCUGCUCACAAGUCCAGGCGGCCCUUUGUUACCAAGUGGUGAUGACCUGCCGGCGCCCCUGUACCAAGUACCGACUAUGUUGUUCCUGCUUUUGCUAGUCACGUCGUGCACGGUGUGAUCCAUCGCACUGUUCGAUUCGUGCAUUUUUUUCUCCAUUCGGAUAUAAUAAUUGGACUGCUGUCCAACACAAGCAAUUCAUUAUUUUUUAGAAUUACCACACGCAGUCGAUUGGCCGUUUUAGAUGUUGGUUGUUUCCUUACAUUCAUGUGUACCACAUUUUGUACCAAACUAAAUUAAGUU